AUGGCAACCACGAAUAUGAAAACGAGUCCUGCUGUAGCAAACCAAGCACAGGGACAUGCCUACAAGAAACCCUCCAGCAACCGCGAAACUGCAGCGGGAAGCAACGAAGCAGGUGCAGACGACAGCGAUGUCAGUGACGAUGAAAAUAUGAAUGACGAGACGAAUGAGGCGGAUGUUUUUGCCCUGUCAAAUGCUCGCAUUUCAGAGCAGCACUUGGCAGGGCUUGACGAUGACAUGUUUACGAGCGAUGCAGUGGCUGGUGCAUCAGUCUCUGGCGAAGAUGACGAUGACGAUGAUUACACAGGAGUCGCAGACGUGAGCGACGAUGAAGAAGAUGUAGGAGAAGACAAUGAAGACGUAGUAAGGCGUGCGGCAGAGCGUGAUCUUAUCGCCGAGUUCGACCGCGCUGAGCAGCGGCGCGACACUGCUGAGAUGGCUGCAGAAAUGGAUUCCAUGUUCCUCGAGACCAACCAGCAGGAUGCUCUCGCGCGAGAAUUAGGUCUCACGAGCGACAGUGCCGGACCCACUGAAUUCAACUAUGAUGUGGAUAUGAACGACGACCCCUUCGUCGGCCUAGAUCUUGGUGACAGCCUCUAUCGGGAUAUGUACGACGAUGCUGAAAGAGCGUUGGGCAUCUGGGACCAGGCUAGUACUCCACUAGCGCGACAUAACAGUGAAGAGUCCACCGAGACGAAGAAGCGCGUAAGAUUUGCUGAACCACAAGAAACUUUCUCCAGGAGUUCAAGCAUGAGUUCGGUGGACGAGGACCAGGAUCCGAAUGAGAUCUUCCCAGACCUGUUUGAUGUACAGGAUGAUCCUGCUUUGAGGCAGCAAUUUGGACUUGAUGUCGACAUCGACGCUCAGUUCUCCUUCGACUUCGAUGACUCAGGCUCCGUCUAUGAUUUUGACGGAGACGAGGAGAGGUUGGCGCUUGUAGUCGAUGACGAAGAGAGUGACUCGGACGAUAUGUCUAGUAGUAGCGGCUCUGACAACGAAUCCGAUAACGAGGGCGACACGACGGAUGAAGAAAAUGAAGAAGAGACGGCUGCACGUGAGGAGCUUGUGCGCAAGAGAAGACUUUCUGCAGCUCGCAAUGCUGCACCCAGCACGCCGACGCCGGCGAAACGUGCUGUCGGCGUGAGUGCACGAUCCACUGGCUCCCCAGCCACGCCGAGAACAGGUGGUGGCAAAGGUCCGAGGAUUGGAAAGUUCGUCAUCGACAAGACCAAGGCUGUCAUGUCUGCGGACCCGACAGGCAAGUUCAUGACGGUCCGGCCACCAUCUAGGCCCAGUGAGCAGGACAAGGACUUCUGGAAACGACACCAAAACGCGACUGCCGCCAGCACCCGCGCUAGUACGCCGCGGUCCGGAAUGCAGCAUAGACGCACAUCAAGCAAGCACGAUGCACCUCUACGCCCUUUCACCGCACAGUCCACUCUUGGGACGAUGUUCAACGGCAACCUGGACAUCUUGCAGAACAACAGCACUCCCGACAUCCACAGUGACUUUACUCCUGCAUUCAUUCCGCGACCGCACAGCUCAUACGCAGGCACCCUCCACGCUAGCAGCGACGAAGAAGAGGAAGAAGACGUCGACAUGAGCGAGUUCAUUGACCUAGACGAAUAUGGUUCCGACUCUGACAACGAGGAACCACAAUCCGCUACCUCUGUCACGUCACCCCAGUCGGACCUCACAUCCUCCUUCUCCAACCUCGACACCCGCCGCAGCGAAAACAACCUCCUCGACCACCUCGAUCAAUCCCGGGGCCUCGUCGGCUCCUUCCGCCGAAAUCAGAAUUUCACCAAACAUGUCAGCUCGUUGGCUUCUCAUCCGGCUAAGCGCGCUUCGACUAUGGAGACGAAUGCUCUCCUCAAGGGUCGUAGGAGCGCGGCGAAUAUCCCCAUCACGCCACUCCGGAAGAAGCGCGUGAGUCAGGAUCUUAGUAUGACUGGUUCGGGGGUGAAGAAGAAUAUCAGUAGUCCGCUUUCUGGACGACGGCCGCGGAGUAGAGGCGGUUCGAUCUCGGCUGGUAUGCAGCAGACUCUUGGGCCGUCUUUGAUGUAG